GUGUUUGUGUAUGUGUGUGUGGUGUGUGUGUGUGUGUGUGUGUGCGCUUGAGCGCUGUUUGUGAGGCAGAGAGUUGCGUGCGAAGAGCUCGACAUGUCAUUCAGAGGAAUCCGCCACCUGAAACGCGAGGAAGUGAAGGCGACUCAAUUGGGUAUAAAGCAUCAGCCAACAUCUGCCCCGAGCAGUGCAAAAGCUGAUGAAAACAUCAGCUGGGAGCUCUUGUAGGACCUCUCCGGUUUAUUUUAUUUCCCUUGGAUUUAUCAUUUGGCAUUACGGAGUCGGUGCACCCUGGGAGACGCAUCUCUUUUCUACACUUAAAGUGAAUGUGACUGUGAGCCAACACAAUACUGGAAUUAACUGACAGCCACAGAGCGUUUGGCGCACCUGUUACCUCCACGGAGUGCAAGAUCAUGAUCCCUCCGGGAGACUGCAUGUAUGCGGGCAGAAAGAGGAGGAAGCCCAUCCAAAAACAGAAGCCGUCCUCCUCCAGUGAGAAAACCAACCCGUCCAAGCGGCACAGGGACAGGCUGAAUGCUGAGCUGGACCGGCUGGCCAGCCUGCUGCCGUUCCCCCCGGAUGUCAUCUCCAAGCUGGACAAGCUGUCUGUGCUGCGCCUUGCAGUUUCCUACCUCCGCGUCAAGAGUUUCUUCCAAGGUAAUGGAGGGAACCAAGACACCAAGAUCUCCAGGAAGCACAUCAUCAGCACCGCAUCCUCUAACCCUGAACCCAGGAAAGAGAGCCUUCCACUGGGCACAGGCGUUAAUGAAAGCAGCCUCCUCCUGGAGUCUCUGACAGGAUUCGCCUUGGUGGUGAGCAGCGAUGGGAUGGUCUUCUAUGCCUCCUCAACCAUUGUGGACUAUCUUGGAUUUCAUCAGACUGAUGUGAUGCACCAGAAUGUGUUUGACUACAUCCACAUAGACGACCGUCAGGAGUUCAGACGCCAGCUCCACUGGGCCAUGUGUCCUCCACAGCACCAGGGGACGUCAGCACACCAGGAUAACCAGAUAGCUGCAGGGGCUGGUGAAGACUUUGUAGUGAGCAGCCUGUUCCAUUCACCGGAGGCAGGGGGAAUUCCUGCUGACCUCUCCUGCUUUCUCAACAGAUGUUUCAUAGCCAGAGUCCGAUGCCUCUUGGACAGCACCUCUGGAUUCUUGACCAUGCAGUUCCAGGGUCGGUUGAAGUUCCUCCACGGGCAGAAAAAGAAGUCAGCCUCCGGGGCUCUACUGCCUCCCCAGCUGGCUCUAUUCUGCAUAGCUGUACCCCUCCUACUGCCCUCCAUUACUGAGAUGAAAAUGAAGAACAUGUUAAUGCGGGGAAAGAACAAGACUGGCGGAGGAGGUGUUAUCUCUGCACUGGAGCAUGGUGAGCGAGGAGAACACCUCCGCAGGCACUCCUUGAGUGGAGGAAUGGGUGACGUUGCAGACCCUCUCCUCCUCUCGUGCCCCAUCCCUGGCAGUAACCAACGAGGUCACCACACUCCCUGGACCCCACUCUCCAAAGACAACCUCAAGUACCGCCCUGAUGGUUACUACAGCCAGGAGGAGCCUCUCAACUACUGCAAGUCCUCCAUGGAUCCCCAUAAAGGUCUCAGCCCAGGCCUGGGAAGUGGCUGGCCUAUGCGACCGAGCUCAGGGCCCCUCAGAGGUGGCCAGGGUGUCGGCUACAUCCCAUCUAACCGUCUGAACAAGGCCGGGCAAUAUGGGAAACCAUACCGCCUUUCCCCCAGCUGCCACAGCGGCAGAAAUGGUGAGGUGUUUGUCUCUAAGCUCUACGGAAGCCUCCAGAUUCCCUCGGACCCAGAUGCCUACUGUGUGGACCUGGUGAAGAGCGAGAACGGCUACGGCGAGUGCUACGACGGCCACCUGAUGCCCGAGAUGCCAUCCAUCAAGGUGGAGCACGACUCGGACUCAGAGAAUGGCUGUGAUGCCUAUGGGCGACCCUGGGGUUGCCGUGACCCAGAGGCCAUGGACCGUCGCUAUGGUAACGGGGUAUAUGACCAGAACUCUGGCCUCCAACUCAAAUCAGAGCCCGAAUAUUAUGAUCCGCAGUACUCGCCCUGUCAGCGGGGGAAAGCAGGCAUCAGCCCACCAUACAACAACGGCAACUAUCAGAACUAUGCAGUCAACAGCGGACACAACGGCGGACACAACGGCGGACACAAUGGCGGACACAACGGCGGACACAACGGCGGACACAACGGCGGACGUCUGUUAAAGUGUGACAAAGACUUGGGCAGUAACCCCAACAACAGUCAGUUUAGUCCUCAGAGACUCUCUCACUCAGACUCUCUAUGCAGCAACCAAUCUGUCAACCUCAUGGACUCGCACGUCUAUCCACAGGAGCCUCACAAGGCCUAUAUGCACCAGGACUACAACAAGCAUGGCACCUAUGAGUUCAAAGGUCAUGGCCUGAUCCAUUCGAUCAAGCGGGAGCCCAUGGACUCCCCACCGUGGUCUGAGAGUGGUCACGACAUGAGCCAGUCAAUGAUGGUUGGUCCAAGGAACGUUAUGCCGUGUGUGAUGAGCACUGGGCACCACAAAUCCAGUCCUUACAUUUAUAUGCCGUAAGAGUGAUUGGGGCAUUACCUGUGCCGCAGAUAAACUACCCCCCCAUACACACACACACACACAAACACACAACAAUCGGUGUGCAUUAUAGUACUUUGUAUUAUUAUCAUUUUCAUAAACAUGCACCAGCAUUACAAUAGGACAGUCUUCAUAACGAGGAUUCCCAGGAUGUCAACAUUUAAAGUACUUCUUCAAUUUGACGAAGAGGUCACAAACGAGGCUCAGGUUCUAGUAUUAGUGUUGUGACAAUCAAAAAUAAUACUUUGAUGAUUUUGUUUUUAAGGAAUAAAUUUUGUAGUUGGUUCCAAGCACUUUUGGAUUUAGUGACAAUGAGACAAAUAAUGUCUAGGAACACAGUUUUGUUUUGAUGUAUGUGUUGUGCACACCUGGCUUUUGUGGGAGGAACAAAGAUUUUGCUGUAAAAAAAAAAAAAAAAAGAGAGACUUUUUCUUGAACUUUGUCCAUAGCAGAUGACUUACACCUACCACCUGGGUUCAUUCAAGUGAGACGGCUGAUUAUAAAAACAGAGUCAGUGAUAACAAUUUAAAGAAUAAUCUGCAUUGAAGAUUUAAAGGACCUUACUUGUUUUGCAUGUUUUAGCGCUUUUAACUACCUUUUUCAUCACCGCCUCCAGCAAUGUGUGAAUGGAAACUACUGGUUCCAUUAAUGCAUUUUAACAUCAUGUUAAAUCAACUUGCAGAGACUUGAAACUGCUGUAAAAAUGUUAAUAACUAUUGGAAGAUAAGUUUACAACCAGGGUCUGAUUGGAAAAUACUCAUUUGUGCAUUCAAGGACACUCUGAUUUAUAACAUUGAGUAGCUGCUGAAAAACAUUUUUUAAUGCAUAACACAACCAAAUUCAAAUGAUCAUUUUCACAACAUCCAUGUUUGCUUUGUGUUUAUGCUCUGAAUUGGAUUUUCCAACAGCACAGCUUAUCAAUGUAAUGCUUUUCAGUAGUCAAUGUUUGGGUGAAAUCAUCCUUGAGCACACCACGAAGAACCAUUUUGGAAAUGAUUCCUACCACAUAACCCUCUGAAAAACUUAAUGUUAGUAAUGUUAGUAUAUGCAAUUUGUAGUUAAUGGACCAAAACAUGUAAAACUAUUGGUAUAGCCAAAGCUGUUACGUAGUAUUUGUUUACUCAAGUGUAUGGUCAAGAAACAGCCUAAUUAAGCAUAAGGAUGAUAAUAGCAAUUUAAAAAUAAGUCAGAAUUAACAUUUAACUGCAUUAAGUUGACAUGAAAAAUGUAAACAACUCCAAUCAAAUCACACUAGAACUGUCCUUUAAAUUGCAGGGCCUAGAGAACCGUUCUGCACAGGGUUAAAUGAGUAGAUGAUCAGUUCAAGUUUGUUUGGAAAAGACAGAAGUGUUAGUUUGAAUUGAAGGAAAAUGCAGCAUUGUAUUGUUAAUGAGGUUCGAUUUAGAUUUUUCUUUCAAUACGCACAAUAAUUUAAUCAUCUUAAGUCAUGAAACUCCUGUUGAAAGUACAAACAAUAUUAAUUUAUAUUAUCAUGUCAUUUUAUGUCAAAGCUAAUGUUGUACAGUUUGUACAGUGUUUAUGGCGAGAGCCGCAUUUCAACUCCAUGCAGCCUAUCUCACUGCAGAAAUGACACAUUUCCUUUGAAAUGAAUAUACACUUCUCAUGUUGUCUUUUCAGCCAGAAAACAUCGGACAUCAUCUUCACAAUCAGUAAUUUUGCACAAAUGAAUUAAAAGCACCAAAUUGAUUCAAUGUCAGAGUCUCAGUUCUGUGAAGCUACUGUAGUACAGUAGUUUCUAAAUUGCACUACUGGGAGUAGUUCAGUUGAAGUUCAGCCUACCCAGACAGGUUAUUUGAGUCAACACGCACAACUGUACAUGGUGUCACUGUUUUGAUUUUUUCUUUUUCUCUUUGUGUGUGUUCAUUUCAAUAAAUGUUUGAUAAUUCGUAUUUAUUGUAAGAGGCAAAAGUGUAUAAUUUAAAAACUACAGUUUUGAAGGCUUUUCUCUUUCACUAAGGUAAAUCAAUAUGGCUUUUUUCCUUGCUAUCUUUUUGAUAAUUGUUAAAAAAGACUGUCAUACUUGUCUCAUGGAGGAGGUAGCUGCAAGGUAGCAAACACAUGUACAUAUGCGGUGUCUUCCAAUGUUUCUACGUGUUUUUUGCAAAUGGGACUUAACUAU